CCAAACUUUCAGUCUAGAGGUUUUCCGUAGUGUGGUGAAUAGCUUUGCCCCAAAGACAACGCAUUUUUUCUUCCCUGCUAUGACAGCAAGAUUGUGUGUAGCAGCUCUUCACUUUAACGAAAAUGGUCGGCGUCACCAGGCUGUGACAAGAGCUGGUGUACCACAGUGGCAGUUGAGCUACCCGAAAGGGAAAAAAGGAAAGCAUGUUGUUGUAAAGCCAAGGAAGACUCCAGUUACUUAUGGCUCCAGCUACCCUCGUGUUCAGCAGCUUCAUCUGAUGGAAAAGCUUCUCUUGGAUACCAACCACCAACCCUUACAUCAGGCUAUGCUGCAGUCAACAAAGACCAGCUCAUUGUUACAAGGCGUACUAGAUGUGCACGGUAGAGCUAUGGUUCUAUACAGUGGGCUUGGAAUCCUGUGUAAUCCUCUGAUAGGAAUGUCCUGCGAAUUGUUGUGA